UCGCUUAAGCAGCUGCCAAAAUGCGUUUAUGUGGCGCGGUCCGCUUUUUUAGAGUGAAAAUAGACACUUAUUUAAAUCUCAUUCUUAUUUACCCCUAUAACCGAUUUGAGACCAAAUUCAUACCGCGAAAAUAAACCGACACGAUGACCAGUGACGGUCAUAAGAGGACAUUCCUCUCACUCCUCGAAUCAUGCGAUAAUUUCCCCUACGACAUCGUACCAAGUGAAGUAUACUACCAGCUCUUCCUCCCCAACGAUGUCCAGCCGCACGGCUACCUCCUCCCGGAAACCGUGCUCAAAAUGCCCUGGACUCCGGACUUCCUCGUUUUGCACAUUCACCCGCGCAGCGUCAUCGUGCUGGACUCAUCUAACGGCGCGGAUACCCCCGGCGCAGUGAAUGCUGCCUUUGCGCGGCUUAUAGACACAUGUAUCGAGCAGGAUACGUUCCACGUCAUUGCCCGCACCCACAGCGAGCCCUUCUCUAUCCUAAGCGCGCUGUACCCCGUCCACAUGGAGCGCUUCGCCUCCGCGUUGUUCGGGAUCACUAGUCAGGGCGCAUAUAUAACCGCGUAUACGAAGGCAGAGGAUGGAAGCAUGCGAUUGUGGAUCCCGAGGCGGGCGAAGCAUUUAUAUACGAGUCCCGGGAUGCUAGACUCGACGGUGGCGGGCGGGAUCCGCGACGGUCAUUCCCCGUUAGACACGCUGAUCCAUGAAGCGGACGAGGAAGCCUCGCUGCCGGAGGAACUGGUGCGCGAGCGGGUGCAAAGUGUGGGCGUUUUAACGUAUGUUUCCAUAACGGCGGACGGGUUCCCGGGGGAGAAGGGGCUGGUUAUCCCGGACAUCAUAUACGUACAUGAUCUCGAGCUGCCGAGCGAUGUUGUUCCGAAGCCGAAUGAUGACGAGGUGGAGGUGUUUUACUCGAUGGGUGUUGAGGAGGUGCGCGAGCGGCUUUUGAAUGGCGAGUUUAAACCGGAUUCUGCGGCGGUGUUGAUUGAUUUCUUUAUUCGGCAUGGGGUUAUUACGGCGGAAGGAGAGCGGGAUUAUAUUGAGUUGAGUACGCGGUUGCAUCGGAGGUUGCCGUUUAGGACGCCUUUGAAGAGGUAAGAUAGGGG